AUAAGCACAAGCUCUGACUCUGCCCAUUUCAUAAGGCUUUAUCCAUAUUCAUAUCCAAUCUUCAAAGUAAAAGAGAAUCUGCGCGAGCGCACGCACACCUGAUAUGGACUCGGAAUCUAAGUCCAGAGGCAAGGCCGUUGCAUUUGCAGGGUCUCCUCCUCGCUCCGAAGCUGCCCCUCUCCCGUUAGCCAAAUGGAAAAAGGGCCUUGCCAUCGUUGAUUUCGUCCUUAGACUCGGCGGCAUCGGAGCAACCAUGGGCGCCGCCGCCAUCAUGGGGAACAACGAGCAGAUGCUUCCAUUUUUCACUCAGUUCCUUCAGUUCCACGCUGAGUGGAACCAGUUUCGCAUGUUCCAGUUUUUCGUGGUUGCAAAUGGAGCAGCAGCUGGAUACCUUGUACUCUCCCUGGCAUUCUCACUCGUGUGCAUCGUUCGACCCCUGGCUGUGGCACCCAGGCUUCUACUUAUAAUCUUGGACACAGUGAUGAUGGCGUUAGUGACGGCGGGUGCUUCGACGGCGGCGGCGACGACAUACUUGGCACAUAACGGGAGCGAAGAUGCAAAUUGGAUGGCGGUAUGCUCGCAAUUCACAGACUUCUGCCAGGGAGCGAGCAUGGCUGUGGUGGUUUCUUUCAUCGCCGCCCUUUUCUUCCUCUGCCUGAUCCUUGUCUCCUCGUUGGCUCUCAAGAGACACUGAAUUGAAUUCCCUUGCACCACUCUGCCUCCACCCCACUCUGUGUGUACAAUACAUCCAUUGCCAUUGGACCUUCGUUACAAUGGUGGUGUUGUUGAUUCAAGUGUCACUUUGAAUUUGCCUUCAGUGUGGAUUGUUGUGUUUAUUAAGGUCUUAUUUCUUGUGCGGAGCAGCGCACGCUUGAGGUUUGAGAUUAUUACUCCGACCGUGUAAUUAUUAUUCGCCUUUUUUUUUUUAAUCAUUUGGUUGUGUAUUAGACGAGGUUUCAUACUCUCAUGGUUUGCUCCUGAGGAAAAAGGGAUGAUUCGUGCAACUGGUUAAAUCAAAACUAGAGAUAAUUUCACAAA